AUGGCAGCAACGGAGAUUGCAGAUGGAUGGUACUACCUCGACGGCGAGCAGCAGUCGCAGGGGCCCUUCCCCCUGAGCUACCUGCAGACCCUCAACCAGCAUGGCGGCUACUUCAAGAACCACGAGGUCAUGUUCUGGAGGGAGGGGCAGGGGGAGUGGAAGCCGCUGCGGGAGCUGGCAGAGCUGCAGCAUGCGCUGCAGCAGGCGCCGCCGGCGGGCGGCGCCGACGCGGCCGCCGCGGCCCCCGCAGCAGCAGGCGGCGGCCCGCCCCCGGCAGCCGGGAGGAGGCGAGGCGCGGCGGCCGCCGCAGCGGCAGCAGUGCCGGCUGACCCACAGCUGGCUGGCUUCCUGUCUGAGAUCUCGGCGCUCGGGGCGGAGGGGGAGGGGGAGGGCGGCGACGCCGAGGCAGGCGCUCCCGCCUCGCCGCCUGCCGACGAGCGCCAGUUUGAGGACGACGACGGCACCGUGUACGUGUGGCACUCCGGCCUGCGCAAGUUCAUGCCGCUGGGGGAAGGGCAGGCGGGUGGCGCCGCCGGGCCGGCGGCCGCCCCUGCCGCGCCCUACAACGAGCAGGACAUGGUGUUUGUGCCUGAGGAGGAGCAGCUGCCCGAGUAUGUGCCUCCGCCCAAGGCAAGCCUAGGGGGCAGCCGCUGGGGCGGCAGGCGGCGCAGGGGCUGCAGGGCGUAUGCUGACCUGCCAGACAUCGAGGAGGAGGAGGCGGCGGCAGGCCGCAAGCCGCGGCCGCAGGGCGGGGACGCGCAGCAGCCCGCCGCCGCCGCGGCGGGCGGCGCGCUCGGGCAGCAGGCGGCGGGCGGCGGCGGCGGCGGCGGAGACAAGCGCGGCGCGCAGGAGGCUGCCCUGGAGCACGCGCGGGAGAAGUCGAAGAAGGCCAAAGCCAGCCAGCCGCAGGGCUGGUUUGACCUCAAGAUCAACACUAACGUGUAUGUGACGGGGCUGCCCGAGGAUGUGAGCGAGGCUGAGAUAGUGGAGGUGUUCAGCAAGUGCGGCGUCAUCAAGGAGGAUCUGGAGGGCAAGCCGCGCAUCAAGAUUUACCGGGACAGGGAGAGCGGGCGGCCCAAGGGCGACGGGCUGAUCACGUACCUCAAGGAGCCGUCGGUGGACCUGGCGGUACAGAUCCUGGACGGCACGCCGCUGCGCUACGGCCUGCCCCAGGUCAUGAGCGUGAGCAAGGCGCAGUUUGAGCAGAAGGGAGAGGCGUUUGUGGCGCGCGCAUCCAACAAGAAGGCAGCCAAGAAGAAGCUGGAGAAGCUGGAGCGGCGGGCGCUGGGCUGGGGCGGCUUUGACGACACGCUCAAGCCGCAGCAGGUGACGGUCAUUCUGAAGCACAUGUUUGAGCCCGGGGAGCUGGUGGAGAGCCCUGCGCUCAAGGAUGAGCUGGAGACCGACAUCCGGUCGGAGUGCGGCAAGCUGGGCAAGGUGGACAAGCUGCGCGUGUUUGCGGCGCACCCCCAGGGCGUCGUAUCUGUCAAGUUCACCACGCUGGAGGCGGCGGACGAGUGCGUGCGCGUCAUGAACGGCCGCUUCUUUGGCGGGCGCCAGCUGGAGGCGGCCAAGUGGGAUGGCUUCACCAACUUCAACGUCAAGGUGCAGGAGAGUGAGGAGGAGCAGCAGGCACGGCUGGAGCGGUUUGCGCGGGAGCUGGAGGCGGGUGGUGCGGCGGGCGCGGAGCCAGCGGAACAGUGA